AUGACAAGAGUAACAGCGGAAAAAACGAUUAAAUGGGAAAUAACUAGGACACAACAGCCAAUUUGUAAUUCUUGCUUUAUUGCAACGUUCGGCGAAACUAAAGGAUUUGUUAAAAUAGUAGCGGAAAAGAAAAAAAAUAUAUUUUCUGGAAUCAUUCCGCCAGAUAGUCGUGGAAUUGCUCCUUCAGGUAAUAAGCGAUCGGAGGAAGAAAUUCAAAACUCCAACGAUCACAUUUUGUCGUUUCCUAAUUAUGAAAGUCUUUACUGUAGAAAUAGAACAUCUAAAAAGUACUUCUCCAGUGACUUGUCUAUAGCUAAAAUGUAUGACAUGUACAAAGAAAUAGUAGACAAACCGAUCUCAUUAACAUUGUACAAAAACUGCUUUUACAGUUUGAACCUUGCAUUCAAACAGGAUACUUGUUUUAAGUGUGAUAUUUUCCAAACAUAA